CCGGCCGCUGCCGGGCCCUAGCGCCCCCCGUAUUACCAGGCGUGCCCCGCAGAAUGCUCUCCAACUUUCCUCCCCCUGAUGCCACCUCAUCGCGGCUGGACACAUCGUCUGAGGCGGCGGCAGUAGCGGCGACGGCGGCGCCCGGGAUCCCGAGCCUUCGCGGCGCCCCCGUCCCUCCCCCGCCGCACCCCGCCCCGGCGCGAGAGGAGAGCGCGAGAGCCCGAGCCGCGGGCGGGCGGGCGGCGAAGAUGGCAGAGGCGCCGGCCUCCCCGGCCCCGCUCUCUCCGCUCGAAGUGGAGCUGGACCCGGAGUUCGAGCCCCAAAGCCGGCCGCGCUCCUGUACGUGGCCCCUGCAGAGGCCGGAGCUCCAGGGGAGCCCGGCCAAGCCCUCGGGGGAGGCGGCCGCUGACUCCAUGAUCCCCGAGGAGGAGGACGAUGAAGACGACGAGGACGGCGGCGGUAGGGCCGACUCGGCCAUGGCGAUCGGCGGCUGCGCGGGCGGCCCGCUGGGCUCUGGGCUGCUCCUGGAGGACUCGGCUCGGCUGCUAGCUCCGGGAGGGCAGGACCCCGGGUCCGGGCCAGCCCCCGCGGCGGGCGCGCUGAGCGGGGGGACGCAGACGCCGCUGCAGCCUCAGCAGACACUGCCACCGCCGCAGCCGGGGGCGGCUGGGGGCUCCGGGCAGCCGAGGAAAUGCUCGUCGCGGCGGAACGCCUGGGGGAACCUGUCAUACGCCGACCUGAUCACUCGCGCCAUCGAGAGCUCCCCGGACAAACGGCUCACUCUGUCCCAGAUCUACGAGUGGAUGGUGCGCUGCGUGCCCUACUUCAAGGAUAAGGGCGACAGCAACAGUUCUGCGGGCUGGAAGCAGCAGUACACCAGGGGGACUGUUUUUUUUCUUUUUCAAAGCUGUGUCAUCGACCUGUGAAGUGAAGAAAUUGGCCCUUUUAGACUUUGAUCGAGGGAAAUGGAACAUGGACUGGAUUAGGAACACAGUCUGAACAAAGUAGGAGGCUACUCAAAGAACUUUUCAGAACUUGGGUACAGAAAAGAAAAGCCAGCCAUUUUCUGAUGCUUCUGCAGUUCUCCAUCAAAAACACAAUCCAGAAACAAAAAUACCCUGACAGAAAUCAGGAAACCAAAUAUCCUACCUGCUAGCCAACUCUAGAGGUUCUGAACAGAGUGUACCAUUGAGGAUCCCUUUUAGCUGUCUUUGGGUUUAUUUGAAAACCAGUCCAGUGUGUGUUUAUAUGAGGAAAACAAUUUAAAAGCUCUUCUUUUGGCCUUGAUACUUUUAUAGGGUUUAGCGUUGCUAAUCGUCAGUUCUUCAACGUUUGAAGAGAAGCAUGCUAUUCUCAGAGCAAAAAAAAUAAAAUAAGAAGCUUAACUUUUUCUUUACUUCUAUCCUCCCAGGGUCAGAAAACUGGCCCUGAAUUCCCUGGACAGAUUUGUUUCAACCUCAGGAUAGUAGCUUCGGCAGUUAAUGCUCAGCAGUAUAGUGUGUUUCCUUUUGUUAACACUGAAGUAGCCAGAGUGCUUCCUCCAGAUGUGUCUGUUCGCUGGACCUCAAGAUUUUGCCUUAAUCCAAAUGGACGGUUACCAGAGGACAUGAUGCAGAAGAGGUUGUUGGAGGUUUGUUCUUAAAUGUCUUUAAGAUCGGCCUACCGUAAUUCAUAUUCAGUAAAGCGGUGGUUUAUAACUGGUAAGCUGAGUAAAUGGAUUAUCUCUGAUCCUUAUUAUUUUUAGCUUUUCCCCCCAAAUGAAUUGUGAAUCAUCAUGUCACUUCCAAAAGGUUUUGUUUCAGUGAGGGCUGAGAGACAAGACAGGUCCCUGGAGUUGUUCUGGAAGAAGGCGAUGGGUAGGAUUGGUUGUGCUGACUGGAGGUAGUGUCCACCAUUCAUGGAGAGUACCCCGGUGUCCACGGGGCUGGGUUCUAGGCCAGGCACAGCUGCUUGGUAGCUGAAUGAUCUCGGGCAGAGUUGUAAAGCACUGGGUCUUGAUCUCUUUAGUUUUUUUUUUGGUAAUUUUAUUUAUUUAUUUAUUGGUUGCAUUGGGUCUUUGUUGCUGCACGCGGCUUUCUCUGUAGUUGCAGCGAGCAGGGGCUGCUCUUGGUUGCAGUGCAUGGGCUUCUCGUUGUGGAGCAUGGGCUCUAGGCAAACGGGCUUCAGUAGCUGCAGCACGCAGGCUCAGUAGUUGUGGCUCACAGGCUCUAGAGCACAGGCUCCGUAGUUGUGGCACACAGGGUUAGUUGCUUCACGGCAUGUGGGAUCUUCCUGGACCAGGGAUCAAACCCACGUCCCCUGCACUGGCAGGCGGAUUCUUAACCACUGUGCCACCAGGGAAGUCCCUCUUUAGUUUUAACAUUAACCCAAACACUGUCUGUCCUGUCUGCUUCUUUCAAGGUGGUGAUGAGCAUAGAGUAUUGAGAUUGAAGGUGGUUUUGUUAAGAAGGGAAGCAGAGGUACCAGAUAGGCAAGUGAAUUUGUUCUCACUGUAUCUCUCUCUAAAUAACUUUAUGGAUCACCUUUAGGGUGGAGGUACUUGUGUUUCUGGGUCAGCCACAUGGACCAACAAAGUGAUCUCUUAAUUUGGAAGCAGUGUUGUUCUCACCUGUUUCUUCAUGUCACACCCCUUUAGCAGUACACAUCAUCGCAGGUCCUUCAGUUGUAACUUAGGGCUGACAACAUAUGUACAUGCCGGUAACAUGCCUAGAGGACUUGACUGUUGACCACAGGGAUGCUUGUUGCCUAGGCUAGAGUCCUUUCGUUAAGCUCAGGAAACGUGCACCUUGGAUUUAAAAAAUAUAUGCACAGUCAGACAGAGAAAGACAAAUACUGUAUGAUAUAAUAUAUGGAAUCCCAAAAAUAAAACAAAGUAGUGAAUAUAACAGAAAGGACACAGAUUCACAGAUAUAGAGGACAAACUAGUGGUUACCAGUGGAGAGAGGGAUGGGGACCUGAUGGGGGGAGGGGAUUAAGAGGUACAAACUACUAUGUAUAAAAAAGAAAAAUAAAAAAUAUAUACACACGUACUGUACACUUUUGAGAAGAAAAAUGUUGGGGUGGGGAACCUUUUAUAACCCUCUUAUUUUAUGUGAGUUCCUUGCAGAUUUGAUCAUAUGCAUAUUAAAUAUUUACUUAGCUACAUUCAGAGAGUUUGUUCUUUGUUUUAUGUGUUUUGUUUUUAUCCGUACGUGGGCAUCAUAAUGACUAUUUUAAAUUAUUACUUUAAGAGGACAAGGAUUGGAUGGAUUUAUAAUUUUUUUUAACUAUUUCCCUGUUGGAGAGCCCUUGUUUUUUUCCCCUUUAUUUUAGUAUUCGUUAAUAUUAUAGUUAUUGUUUUUUGUAAUUUUAAAAUAAAAGGAUUGCAUCUAAGAGUCUUGUAAAUUGCUAAGUUUCUAACUGGGGACUCCUGAUCAGGAACUCACAGCAAAUUAGCUGCAGGGCAGUUUGCCCCACAAGAAACGCAGUAGAAUUAAGAGAGGAGGAUUCAGUGUUAAGUCUGUACAGAUGAGAGUCAUGAGACUGGACCUCUCAGCCUAACAGACUGAGCCUCUUCACCUUCGUGCUCUGAGUCAAAGAGGAAAAGAGGAUAGAUAAAGGACUGG